AUGGGGGGCUUCGCGCCGCUGGCCAGCGUGUCUCCCAGCCAGCUCCUGCUGCUGCACCAGCCGCAGCAGCUCUCGCCCUUCCUGCACCCGCACGGCCAGCAGGUGCCUUACUACCUGGAGAACGAGCAGAGCGGCUACGGGGUGCACGAGCCCGGCCCGUCCGCUUACUACAGGCCAAAUUCAGAUAACCGGCGCCAGGGUGGCAGAGAGAGCUUGGCUAGUACUGGUGACAAGGGAAACAUGGCCCUGGAAACUGCCAAGGAGACUCGCUACUGCGCUGUGUGCAAUGACUAUGCCUCAGGCUACCAUUAUGGAGUCUGGUCCUGCGAGGGCUGUAAGGCCUUCUUCAAGAGAAGUAUUCAAGGUAAUAGUAACUUCGUUUGUCCAACCAGUGUUGGGUUUCAGUCCUAUGUUGUUACUGCUGGGAUUCGGAAAGAUCGAAGAGGAGGGAGGAUGUUGAAGCACAAGCGGCAGAGAGAUGAUGGGGAAGGCAGGAGUGAAUCGGGGCCCUCUGGAGAUAUGAGAGGGACCAACCUUUGGCCAAGUCCCCUCUUGAUUAAGCACACCAAGAAGAACAGUCCAGCCUUGUCCCUGACAGCCGAUCAGAUGGUCAGUGCCUUGUUGGAGGCUGAGCCUCCCAUAAUCUAUUCUGAGUACGAUCCGACCCGGCCCUUCAGCGAAGCUUCCAUGAUGGGCUUGCUGACCAACCUGGCAGACAGGGAGCUGGUUCACAUGAUCAACUGGGCCAAGAGGGUGCCAGGUUUUGUAGAUUUGACCCUCCAUGAUCAAGUCCACCUUCUGGAAUGUGCCUGGCUGGAGAUUCUGAUGAUCGGCCUCGUCUGGCGCUCAAUGGAACACCCAGGAAAGCUCCUGUUUGCUCCUAACUUACUGCUGGACAGAAACCAAGGGAGAUGUGUGGAGGGAAUGGUGGAGAUCUUCGACAUGCUGUUGGCGACGUCCUCUCAGUUCCGAAUGAUGAACCUCCAGGGGGAGGAGUUUGUGUGCCUCAAGUCCAUCAUUUUGCUGAAUUCUGGGGUGUACACCUUCCUGUCCAGCACUUUGAAGUCUCUGGAUGAGAAGGAGCACAUCCAUCGUGUGCUGGACAAGAUCACAGACACCUUGAUCCACCUGAUGGCCAAAGCCGGCCUGAGCCUGCAGCAGCAGCACCGGCGCCUGGCUCAGCUGCUCCUCAUCCUCUCCCACAUCAGGCACAUGAGGUGA